AUGUCGGACGGCAAGCGGGCAGUCGACUCAGACAAAGUCUGGACGACGCUCAUCACCAACCUAGCCUAUCUUCCCGGGCUGCUGACGCUGGACCACACUCUCCGGCGCGUGGGCUCAGCAUACCCACUGGUAGCGCUCUACACGGACACGUUUCCCGAAGAGGGUCGGACGGCGCUCGCGGCCCGCGGCAUAGCGGCACAGCGCAUCGCGUACCUGCUGCCGACCAAGUCGUCGCGCGACUACAGCGCAGACCCGCGCUUCUACGACUGCUGGAGCAAGCUGACGCCCUUUGGGCUGACACAGUACAGCCGCGUGGUUCAGCUGGACAGCGACAUGUUGAUGCUGCGCAACAUGGACGAGCUGAUGGAGCUGCCGCUAGAUGCGCCCGACAUGGCGGCGCAGGUGCCGCCGCACCCGGACAGCAAGCGCGUGUUCGCGGCCGGCCACGCCUGUGUAUGCAAUCCCCUGGCCAAGGCACACUAUCCGGCCGACUGGGUGCCGGCCAAUUGCGCCUUCACGCUGCAACAUGCUGACGCCGACCGGGCGCAGCGCGAGGGCGCUGAUCCGACCGAGGCCGAGGCUUCUAUCGGCGUGCACCUCGUCAACGGCGGACUGCAGGUGGUCAACCCGUCGCGGGACAUCUUUGAGCAGAUUGUCGCCUAUAUGGACGACAAUGCGGCCGACCUCGCGUUUGCCGACCAGAGCGUGCUGUCGGAGCUGUUCCGCGGCCGCUGGGUGGCCCUGCCCUACAUCUACAACGCGCUCAAGACGCUGCGCUGGCCCGGCGUCCAUGACGCGCUCUGGCGCGACGACGAGGUCAAGAACGUCCACUACAUCCUGACGCCAAACCCGUGGGACGAGCUCGACGCCGAGGGCAACCUGCGCGAGGGCGUCCAGCGCGACCCCCGCAACGAGAUCACCCACAGCUGGUGGGCUGAUGCCUGCCGGGAGCGAAGGGAGGCCGAGCGGGCCCGGGGGAUCGCUGACCAGUGGAAAACGGCAACCGGCACCGGCAAACCCCUUUACCAACCCGCCAUGGCCGCGACGCUUGGGACCGUGAAGACGGCGGCAGCAUCGACGACUGCGCCGACUGCUGCCUCUGAGAGUUCCAGCCACUACAGGGGCUUCGUAGCUGGCAUCUUCUCCGGAGUGACCAAGCUUGUGGUCGGCCACCCGUUCGACACGAUCAAGGUGCGCAUGCAGACAACCUCGGCCGACCGCUUCGCCGGUCCGCUGGCCUGUCUCGUCAGCACGGUCCGCAACGAGGGCGUGCGAGCGCUCUACAAGGGUGCCACGCCGCCGCUCGUCGGCUGGAUGUUCAUGGACAGCGUCAUGCUCGGCAGCCUGACCGUCUACAAGAAGCUGCUGGGUCGGCACUGGUUCGGCCUGGAUGAGGCGACAUCGCACGGUGGCGCCACUGCUGCGGCUGGUGGACCGGCACUGCCGUCGUAUGGCCACGGCAUCGCCGGCAUCGGCGCCGGUCUCACCGUCAGCUUCGUGGCCGCCCCCUUUGAGCACAUCAAGGCCCGUCUGCAGGUGCAAUAUGCCGCCAGCAAGGCUGAGCGGCUCUACCACGGCCCCGUCGACUGCCUCGCCAAGGUCUAUCGCCAUCACGGCCUUCGCGGCGUCUAUCGCGGCCUCGGCUCCACCAUGCUCUUCCGCUCCAACUUCUUCUUCUGGUGGGGCAGCUACGACGUCUUCUCGCGCCAGCUGCGCCAGCACUGGCCUGCCAUGCCCGCUGCCCUCGUCAAUUUCUGGGCUGGCGGCCUGAGCGCUCAGGUCUUCUGGAUCGUCGCCUACCCCAGCGACGUCGUCAAGCAACGCAUCAUGACUGAUCCCCUUGGCGGCGGCCUCCACGACGGCUCCCCGCGCUUUCCCCGCUGGCGCGACGCCGCCCGCGCCGUCUAUCGCGAGUCCGGCGUCCGUGGCUUCUUCCGCGGCUUCGUCCCCAGCUUCCUGCGCGCGUUCCCGGCCAACGCUAUGGCGCUCGUCGCUUUCGAGGCUGCCAUGCGGACACUGCCAUGA